AUGGGGAACAACCAAGUUUGUAUAAUAUCUUCCCAGUUGCUGGUUCUGAUUAUUCUUGCACUUCUACGGGGAGCAGAUGGUCAGCAUGGCCUACGUGGAAUGUCCGUUCCUGAACAUGGCUUUUGCCAACCUAUUUCCAUUCCUCUCUGUAUGGAUAUUGCCUAUAACGAGACUAUCAUGCCAAAUUUAUUAGGGCACAUUAACCAAGAGGACGCUGGGCUUGAAGUGCACCAGUUCUAUCCGCUUGUGAAAGUUCAAUGCUCUCCUGACCUGAAGUUUUUCCUCUGUUCCAUGUAUGCCCCCGUUUGUACGGUGCUGGAACAAGCACUGCCUCCAUGUCGCUCGCUCUGCGAGAGAGCGAGGCAGGGCUGCGAGGCUCUGAUGAAUAAAUUCGGUUUCCAGUGGCCUGACAGCCUCGCCUGUGAAUCUUUCCCUGUUCACGGAGCGGGUGAGUUGUGCGUGGGGCAAAACGCGUCUGGUAGAAGCACUCGUAUUAAUCCUAUCUCGGAUGUAACAGAAUCACCUUAUGGGCAGCGUAGGACUGUAAAGGGACAGUUUCGAUGCCCAGUUGCAUUGAGAGUACCCCCCUAUUUGAACUACCGUUUUCUUGGGGAGGAGGAUUGUGGUGCACCUUGUGAGCCCUCAAAACCACAUGGAAUGAUGUACUUCAAUGAGGACGAGUUGAAAUUCGCCAAGAUCUGGAUUGGAAUAUGGUCUGUGUUAUGCUGCGGGUCCACUCUGUUCACAGUUUUGACCUACUUGGUGGACAUGCAGAGGUUCAGCUACCCAGAGCGACCCAUCAUUUUCCUAUCAGGCUGCUACUCCAUAGUAUCAUUAGCCUACAUCGCUGGCUUCUUGUUGGGGGACAAGGUGGUAUGCAACAACCGCUUUGACAGCGACGUCAAAACAGUCAUCCAAGGCACCAAAAAGGAGGGCUGCACCAUUUUGUUCAUGAUGCUCUACUUUUUCAGCAUGGCCAGCUCCAUCUGGUGGGUCAUCCUGGCCUUGACGUGGUUCUUGUCAGCCGGGAUGAAGUGGGGUCACGAGGCCAUCGAAGCCAACUCGCAGUACUUCCACCUGGCGGCAUGGGCGGUACCCGCCAUCAAGACCGUCACCAUCCUGGCAGUGGGGCAGGUGGACGGCGACGUUCUGAGUGGCGUGUGCUACGUGGGCAUUAACAGCGUGUAUGCUCUCAGAGGCUUCGUUCUGGCGCCGCUCUUCAUCUACCUCUUCCUGGGGACCUCAUUCCUUCUGGCCGGCUUUGUGUCGCUCUUGCGCAUCCGGACCAUCAUGAAGCAUGACGGCAUCAAGACGGAGAAGCUGGAGAAGCUCAUGGUGCGCAUCGGCAUCUUCAGCGUGCUCUACACGGUGCCCUCCACCGUCGUCAUCGCGUGCUACUUCUAUGAGCAGGCGUUCAGGGAACAGUGGGAGAAGAGUUGGGUGAGUCGGACGUGUAAGAACUACGCCGUGCCGUGCCCUGGGCACCACCACCCGCAGAUGUCGCCAGACUUUACCGUCUUCAUGAUCAAGUACCUGAUGAUGUUGAUUGUGGGUAUCACCUCUGGCUUCUGGAUUUGGUCGAGUAAGACGCUGAAUUCGUGGAGGAGAUUUUAUACGAGACUGGCGAGCAAUAAACAGGGUGAGACAACAGUGUAAGACCUAAUACUGUUUAUUGUCCCCUGAACA